AUUACAGCGAAGAUAAUGAUAAGAUAACAACGCGUACUCAUAGAUUAUUUGUUCGGAUUUACGAUUCUAGAAAUGAAGCUAUUUUUGUGAAAAUGGAAGAUCCUGGGACCCGACCAGUGAGGCAAGAGAGGAUUGAAGACCUCCAUCUGGAUAGAGUGGUUGCAUCUCAACCUGAAAUAGGACCGACUCCUCCAGAUGGUGGCUAUGGAUGGCUAAUAGUAGUCUCAGCAGUAAUCUACAAUGUGACUGUGCCAAGUAUUUUAAUGCUUUAUGGAUUUAUUAUUUUGAAGUCUUUACGAGAGGAGGAUCAUGAAGAAGGAGAAAGAAUGCGCGUUUGGGACGUAGAUGUAGCCUUAGUGCCUGUUAUAAUGACUGUGAUCCGUUUAUUGUUAGAGUCGUGGUGUUGGGAAGUCGCGAAAAUAUUCAACAUGCCACGGUUUACAGCGCUGGCAGGACUCUGUAUGACUGUCGCUGGUGUUCUACUAUCGAGCUAUGCAACAAGUGUGUACAGUAACGAUCAUAUUGUAAACAUAUUUGCGGGGAUUUCCAUCGGUAUCGGUUGUGCCUUAACAGGACAACAAACGGAUCUAAUCAUAACCCACUACUUUCAAGACAAACUUACAAUCGUCCAGCGUAUUGUAAAAGUUGCACCAUCUGUAGGAAAUGUGCUAAUGCCUUUGAUGAUUGGCUAUCUUUGUACAAUCUACUCCAGUGAUGUAGUUGUCAUGAUCACUGGAGCGAUUCUCAUGCAGAACUGUGUGUUCCUCGCCUCAUAUACACGACCUAUUUACAUUGAAAGAGUGAUACGAAGCACGUACAAUAUGUUACGAGACGCCGUUGAAGACGAUGACGAAGUUAUCUUCUCAAACCAGAAUGAACCCAGAGCAGCAUCAAAUCCAGUAUCCAUACAAGAUGAAGACGCAAAUGACGUGGUUGUCUUUAAAUCAAAUAGAAACGCUAGAGAAAUCAUGGACCCCGACGUAGAAACCCGCGAAAGUGGUCAGCAGAGAUUUUCAUCAGAUUUCGGCGUGAUGUUUGACGGUUCAACUUCUAAUCGUUUCUCAUCCGACUUCGGCGCUGUUGACGUCAGCAAUUACAGCAGAAUCAUUGGAUAUCAGGAGUUGGAUAGUAUUGACAGGAAUAAUCCUCAGCCGUUAUACCGCGAAACCACCGUGAAUGCUCCUUCAAAUAGUCUCGUUUUUGCCGCUGAAAUAUCUCCUGGAUCAGCUCGACGUACUGCGUCAUUAAAGAAGAAUUUCAUAACCGUGAUUAAUAUGGUUCAGGAUCUAAACUUCUAUUUGUACACUUUGUUGCAUUUAUGCACAACGUACAGCGUUCUUAUACUAAGUGUCUUCUUCCCACUUCUUAUGUGGGAAGAAAACCCUACUAUGAAUAUUUGGUCGAUAUCUUCACUGACUGCAAUUGGUCACGCUGCGGCAUUGUGCUUCGUCUUUUUAUGUAUAUUUAUGCCAAACAAUUUAAAUGAUAAAGCAAAAUUAUGCACAAUUUUUUGUGUUUGUGGUGCAAUAGGAUUUUAUGGUGUUACCCUAUCAACAAACAAAAACUACCUUGUCAUAUGGUGCAUGUUUUCGAGUAUUGCCACCGCAACCAGUGGGAUUCUACAACAAUCUUUAUACAAUAGUUUCAAUAAGUUUGACACAACAGCGACUGUGACCACAGCAAAUACUCUAGUUGCGAUUGUGAUCAUGAUUUGGGCCGUCGCCUAUAGUUAUACGUAUAGAACUUGUUUCUUUAUAGCUAGCUUAUUGCAAAGUGGCGCGGCCUGCGUGUUUUUGGUCGCCUCCUUUAGACGGAGGAGAUAGACUUCCUCCAUACACCUCUUGGUCUUUAUAAUUAAACGUGGAUUAAAGAUAGUACCGUGACAUCGUAAAGUUCUAUAUUUAAUACACGUUUUAUAACAAGGCCGUUUAAUUUUAAGUAAGCUUGCUGAAAAUUAUUACUUUUUAAGAGAUAUGAUAAAUCUAUGGUCUCUAUGGUCAAUGAGUUGACAGAUAAGAAGAUCCACCACAUACAAGAGUUUAGCUCUGUAAAUAUAGUUUUUUAAAAUGAUAAAAGUUAUUCAGUCAAGAAACUGCGCAGUAUAUUGAGGGAAUAUAAAUGUUUUGCAUACCAAAGAGCGUAAUCAACAAACGAUUUAUCUUUGAAUCUUAACUGAAGAUUGAUGUGUAGUAUAUUUUCUCUAUAUUUAUUGAUUACCGUAUUACUAAAUUAGAAAAUAACGGAUCAUUAUAGCUAUUCUUCUAUAGUCGACGCAUUUUAAACCGAGUCGUCUGGCAAUAAGUGUCACUGACAGUAGGAAUAUGCACGCAAUGCAACCCGUUAUCGAUACUAAGCUACCUGCGCACGCGGGGUCGAUGCGUCAUAGUGACCUGCAUUUGCACUGACUCCUGAUUGGUCGUUACGAGUAAGGGUUUAUUUUUCAAUGUUUUUUUUUCAGAUAGCGAAAAAUUAUUCCUAUUAAUAAUUAACAUAUCGAUUGUACCUAUCCUAUUAUCGAUAUGCACUUCUACAAUUAUUACGCACACACUAUAAGAUUAUAAGUGCGAGCGAGACAAACAGAUAAAAAUGAUUAUUGACCCGAACCCUCAGUUCAUAAUGCGCAGACUAUAGUAGCUUUUCCUUGUCUAUUGCUAUUUUGUAUUAGAUAUAAAUUGUAUUUCAUAUUCAGAAAAUAAUAUUUGUUAAGAGAUCAUAAUAUAUUUUUUUUAUAAACAAUUACCAUCAAUUAUAAUAUAAUAUUAAAUACUUAAUU